AUGGUGACCAUGAAACCGUCGGUUUUCGCGCUCGUUUUUUGCGUUUGCCUGGUUAACUGUGUCUCCGGGCAAGACUACGGCCUCGCACUGAGUUUGAGCCAGAAAUUUUACGAGGCGAACCGUGCUGGUGACUUGCCCGAUGACAACAGAGUGUCCUGGAGGAAAGACUCUUUUCUUGGGGAUGGCCAAGACGUGGGCCGGGACUUGACUGGCGGCUAUUUCGAUGGUGGGAAUGAUUAUUUAAUACGUCCUGAAGAAAGUCUUAUUGGAGAUGAUAAUUUGCUUUUAAAUACGACUUUUGAAAAAUUCGUAGCUGGAGACUUUGUGAAGUUCGGAUUCCCGAUGGCGUAUUCGGUGUCAGUUCUGGCCAUGGGUAUGGUGGACUUUGCUGACGGGUACCAAAGAGCCGGCGAGGCUGAUUUUGGGCGCAGGACUCUAAAAUGGGGGACCGAUUAUUUCAUGAAGGCUCACACGGCACCCAAUGAACUUUAUGGACAAGUGGGUAAUGGAGGAGAGGACCAUUCUUACUGGGGUAGGCCCGAGGAUUACGGAAAUAGCGGGAAAUCGAGACCCUCCUACAAAAUCGAUGCCAACAACCCUGAUCUGGCAGCUGAAACCGCAGCAGCUUUAGCAGCUUCAUCCUUGGUUUUCAGAGGGCAUGAUGAUGGUUAUGCUAAUGAGCUUGUCAGACAUGCAAGAGAACUGUAUGACUUUGCAAAUCAGUUCCGCAGAGUGUACCAUGAGUCCAUAACUGAUGCUGCUGGCUAUUAUCAGUCCUGGAGUGGUUAUAAUGAUGAACUAGUUUGGGCAGCUGCUUGGCUGCACAGAGCCACAGGAGAGCAAUACUACCUAUCUGAAGCAGAAAAUAAAUACAAUGAAUUCAACUUUGAUGGGCAAUAUUCUCAAGAAUUUUCCUGGGAUGACAAAAAGGCUGGUGUGUAUGUGAGUGGAACGGAAUACCAGAUUUUCGUGGGCAAAAAUAAUCCCAUUGAUGUAUACUUGUUGCAGGCAAUUCUGUACAGGAUCACAAACAAUCAGCGUUACGCCAACAAGUUGACAGAGUUUUGUGACAGGGUUGCUUCUGGUGACAAGACACCUGGUGGGUUGUUUUGGAUUCAAGACCUUGGACUGGGAGGAGGAUAUUACAGAAGUUUGGCAAAGGGUCAGAUUGACUACCUCCUGGGAAGCAACCCAACAGGACUGAGCUACCAGAUUGGCUACAGUGGUUAUCAUCCUCUGAGACCUCACCACCGAUCAAGGUCCUGGAGUGGUUAUAAUGAUGAACUAGUUUGGGCAGCUGCUUGGCUGCACAGAGCCACAGGAGAGCAAUACUACCUAUCUGAAGCAGAAAAUAAAUACAAUGAAUUCAACUUUGAUGGGCAAUAUUCUCAAGAAUUUUCCUGGGAUGACAAAAAGGCUGGUGUGUAUGUGAGUGGAACGGAAUACCAGAUUUUCGUGGGCAAAAAUAAUCCCAUUGAUGUAUACUUGUUGCAGGCAAUUCUGUACAGGAUCACAAACAAUCAGCGUUACGCCAACAAGUUGACAGAGUUUUGUGACAGGGUUGCUUCUGGUGACAAGACACCUGGUGGGUUGUUUUGGAUUCAAGACCUUGGACUGGGAGGAGGAUAUUACAGAAGUUUGGCAAAGGGUCAGAUUGACUACCUCCUGGGAAGCAACCCAACAGGACUGAGCUACCAGAUUGGCUACAGUGGUUAUCAUCCUCUGAGACCUCACCACCGAUCAAGUUCAUGUCCAACUGUGGAGCAAUGUGGUGGCUGCGUUUGCGACUGGAGCCACUAUGAUUCUCCUGCUGCGAAUCCCCAAGUCCUUGAGGGAGCCCUCGUGGGUGGGCCAGACCACAAUGAUCAAUACAACGACGACCGCCACGACUACGUCCACGCUGAAGUCGCAACCGACUACAACGCUGCUUUCCAGGGUUCACUCGCAGCCCUGGUUAUAAGCUGAUUAUUCAGACGAAAAUGAGGAGACAAACAGUUUCUUAUCUUGGCCGAAUACACGAGACACUUUGAUCACAGUUGCUGGGAAUAAGAUACUACAUAUAUGCGAGAUACUGUAAUUCAAUCAGAAGGCAUUUGAUUUAAAACAAAACGUGUAGAAAUAUAUACUGUACUCGUACUGCAUGGCAUA